UUCCCUGCUGUCACCUGACAGCCGCAAUGCCUGACGGGAAUUAGAUCACUUGGUAGACAGGAUUCAACAUGGUUGCCUUGGGCUGUCAGUCGGGCAGUUGUUUUUAAGUCAAAAGCAGCGCCUUCACCCCGAGGAAACGCAGACGACAGAGUCAUCCGUCUCUCCCCGUACGAGGAGCGCGAUGGCCCAGUGCGCCCAGUCCGUGCAGGAGUUCGUCCAGGACUCGUUCGUGCCGACGGUGGCCGUCCUGUGCAGCGCGGACGCGGAGAGAGUGACCCGCAGGAACAACCUGAGUUUCCCCGAGCUGCUGCGGCCUUUCUGCCGCCUGACCUCGGAGGGUCACCUGCGUGACCCCAACAACCUGGUGGUAGUGGUGAAGGGCCUGAGGAUCAGUGUAACGGGGGUGAACACGCAGCCGCUGCAACCCGGCGAGGUCCGCAAGCUCCUGAGUCAGGCCGUGUCUGGCUGCCAGCCCCCCGAAGGACUACCCGCGAACGUCGUAACUGCUGGAGACUACGACCUCAACAUCAGCGACCGCUCGGUCAAAGCGAGCGUUCCCUGGUACUCUGACUGGAAAGACACAUUCACCCAGCUCAGCUCCUCCAAAUUCUACACAGCAACAACUCCGUGGUUCGAGGCAUAUAGGGAGAACUUUCUGCAGUCCAUGCCUGCGUCAGACCACGAGUUUCUCAACCACUACUUAGCCUGUAUGCUGGUAGUGUCGUCCCGUGAAGCCGCACCCACUGAGCAGUUCCAGAGGCUCUCUCAGGAGCAGCACAGGGUCCAGCACAGUGGAGAGUACACCCACCCCAAAUGGUUCAUCCCCAACACACUCAAAUACUACGUCCUACUGCACGACAUCAGUGAUGGAGAUGAGCAGAGGGCCGACUCCGUGUACGAGGACAUGAAGCAGAGGUAUGGCACUCAGUGCUGCUACCUGCUAAAGAUCAACUCCAGGGCAGCUGCUGCUGGACCUGCCGAGCAGAUGCCUGACCCCUGGAGCCAGUACUUACAGAAGAGUCGGGCACAGAGCCCCGAAGCGUGCGAGGAUGCUGCAGUGAAUAACGUGGAGAAUAACGUCAGCUCGGAGGUGGACGGUCAUGACGUGUCAGAUGCCCUCUCUGAAUCCCAUCCGCUGGAGCUGGACCAGACGUCCAACCUGGGUUACCCUGGCAACCCCAGUGUGGCUGUGAACAGCAUUGACACCUCGAGGAAGCAGGGCGGGUUACCGGCUAGCUCCACCCCCGUGGCCCACGGGGCCUGUCUGACCCUCAACGACCACGACCGCAUCCGCCAGUUCAUCCAGGAGUUCACUUUCAGAGGACUGCUCCCGCAUAUUGAGAAGAACAUCCGCCAGCUUAAUGACCAGCUGGUGUCUAGGAAGGGACUGAGCCGCUCUCUGUUCUCAGCCACGAAGAAGUGGUUUGGGGGUGGGAAGGUUCCAGAGAAGAGUAUUGCAGAACUGAAGAACACAGCUGGACUGCUUUAUCCCCCAGAAGCUCCGGAACUGCAGAUCAGGAAGAUGGCUGACCUUUGCUUCCUGGUUCAGCACUAUGAGUUGGCCUAUAGCUGCUACCACACUGCCAAGAAGGACUUCCUGUCAGACCAGGCCAUGCUGUACGCUGCAGGAGCGCUGGAGAUGGCAGCUAUGUCUGCCUUUCUGCAGAGUGGUGCCCCCAGGCCUUAUCCUGCUCACUACAUGGAAACGGCCAUCCAGACAUAUCGAGACGUCUGCAAAAACAUGGUGUUAGCUGAGCGCUGUGCUUUGUUCAGCGCUGAGGUUCUGAAGAGCCAGGUCAAAUACUCUGAGGCUGCCGCCCUCCUCAUCAAGAUGACUAGUGAGGACUCUGACCUGCGGAGUGCGCUCUUACUGGAGCAGGCGGCUCACUGCUUCAUUAACAUGCGUAGCCCCAUGGUGCGGAAGUUUGCCUUCCACAUGAUCCUGUCAGGCCACCGGUUCAGCAAGGCGGGACAGAAGAGACAUGCGUUGCGAUGCUACUGUCAGGCUAUGCAGGUGUAUAAGGGCAAGGGCUGGACACUAGCUGAGGACCACAUCAACUUCACCAUCGGUCGCCAGUCCUUCACGCUGCGCCAGCCCGAGAAUGCCAUCGCUGCCUUCCGUCACAUUCUCAUCAACGACAGCAAGCAGGUGGCAACCCAGCAGAGCGCCUUCCUCAGGGAGUACCUCUACGUCUACAAGAGUGUGAGCCAAUCAUCCAGUGACGUCACCCUGCCUCAGCUACCCUUACCCUGCCUGCACAGUGCCCAGACGAGAGUCUUCUUUGGCCAUGAGCGCAGACUUGCAGAGGGGGAAAAACAGGCAGCCACCCAUGUGUGGCUGGAUCAGGAGUAUGAUGGGGAACAAGCCCAGCUGUGGGCAGAACUGGAGGAGCAGGUGGUGGGCGUGGCCAACAAGGGGAGCGUGCCUAUCGGCUUCCAGCCCACGCAGUACUGCCUGAGCUGCCACACGGACAACCUGCGCUACCCCCUCGCUGUGGUGGAAGAGCCCAUCAUCGUGGAGGUGGUGUUCCGCAACCCUCUGAAGGUCCCGCUUGCUCUGGCGGAACUGUCCCUGCUGUGGAAGUUUACGCCGAAGGACUUCUCCCGACCCCCGGGGGGCGUGCCCGGAGAAGCCCUCAGCAACGAGAAGGAGGCAGCAGCAGGAAGGGUCACGGCUCUCAAUGACAUCAUCAGCACGGAAGUCAUUCCGGAGUUCACUAUUGGUCCUGAAGAAACUAAAGUGGCACGUCUGCAGUUGCUUCCUCACAAGACCGGAGAGCUGCAGGUGCUCAGUGUGCUCUACAGCCUGGGCACUGUAGAGGAAGACAACGGCACUAGCGAAGCCAGUCGGCCGACGUUUGUGCGUGGACGGCAGGAUCUGGAGAUCCAGGGACCCAGACUCAACACGACCAAAGAGGAGAAGACCUCCGUCAGACAUGGGCCAGACCACCGCCUGGACCCAGUUAUCACCCCUCCAAUGCCCCUGCUGGAGGUGUUUUUCAUUAACUUUCCCACAGGUUUGCUGUGUGGCGAGAUAAGGAAAGCAUGGGUUGAGUUUGUGAAUGUGAGCGCAGUUCCACUCACUGGUCUGCGUGUGGCGUCCACGCACCCGGAGUUCUUCACGUUUGGCUGUGCUGCCUCAGACCUCACUCCAGUGACACCCACCGCCUCCGAACACUGCUCUGCCUAUAAGACCAUGGCCACGCCCCCGUCUGUCGCCGCCACGAUGCUGGUGUCGCCGGCAAUGUUCGGUGUCAGCGGAGACGACCGGCCCACGGUGGCAGAGAUCCCAUUGGUGGGGGGGGGACUGGGGCCAGGGGAAGCGCUGCAGAUUCCGCUCUGGCUCAGAGGACCCGAUCGAGAGGGCGUGCACGAGAUCAACUUCCUGUUUUACUAUGAGAGUGUGGAGAAAAACGCGAAGCUCAGUCACCGGGUGCUGAGGCAUAAGGCCUUUAUAUGUGCGAGCCGCUCUCUGAGCGUGCGAGCCACGGCGUGUCACAGUAACACUCUGCCGAGGAGGGGCGGGGCUGAGGAGGAGGGUGGCAGCAGCAUGCUGGUGUUCGUGGACGUGGAGAAUAUCAACACUAGUGAAGCAGGGGUACGGGAGUUCCACAUAGUGCAGGUGUCUAGUAGCAGCAGACAGUGGAGGUUACACACUUGCAUUAACCCAACAGGAGACAGAGACUCCAGGUUGGCCAGCAGAGAAAGAGGAAAGCUGUGCUUCAGAGCAACUAGAUGCAGAACACAGGAAGGUGACCUAGAGAAAUACACCUUUGCUGACCUAAAUCUGGGCAACGAACAGAUCGUCAGUUCUACGACUCCGUGCGCAGACUUCUUUUUCCGGAGAGGUUCACCCUCCGAGGCCCAGAAAGGGGGCGUCUCUGUAGGCGGAGCCAACCAUACAAGGAGGCAGAGCCUCACGCCAGCAGGCGGGGCUGAUGAUGGCGUCACGGGCGUUGUUCAGAAGUGCAGUGAAGUGGAGCUCAACAUCAUUGUCCUCUGGAAGGCCUACGUGGUGGAGGACAACAAACAGCUGAUUCUAGAGGGGCAGUUGCAUGUGGCGCUCCAAACUGUCGGCAAGGAGGCCUGCUCCGUUCCCCAGAAAGAGGAAGCUCAGGAGAUGGUGCUUCUGAAAUUUAAGCCUGAUCAACCGCCUCCUGUGAGCAGACCCACAUUGGAACAGCUCUCCCGUCUCAUCAAGACCUGUCUGCACUACCCCGAGUCAUACGAUCACCCCUUCCCCCAGAAGAGUUUGUGUAUGGUACCAGUCACCUUGACGCUGUCCAACUGUUCCCUGGCCCAGGUGGACGUCAUCAUCGACCUACGACACAAAACCACCAGCCCGGAGUCUCUGGAGGUACACGGCACCUUCACGUGGCUUGGCCAGACCCAGUACAAGCUGCAGCUACGUCCGCACGAGGUCCAGCGCCUGGUCCUGAAGGCGUGCUUCUUCCAGGCCGGCGUCUACAACCUGGGCACGCCCCGCGUCUUCGCCAAGAUGGCGCAGGCGGGGACCAUGUGUGAGACCAGCCAGCAGAGCUCCAUGCCGGCGCUCAUCGUCAUCAACAGCGUGUGAGCGGCCCGUCAGCGUGUUGUGGGCUCUCCGCCCGAGCCCUGCACCAUCCGAUAACGCUCAGACUGCACUCGUUUUCUACUUCUUAUUAAGGGGGGAAAAAAAACUAUUUGGGGGGACCAUUAAAUGACGUUUAGUAAAUUUCAAUUCAGUACUGCAUCUCACGUGCUUGUGAACUCUUGUGAGAUGGUAAAAAAUA